CAGGGGAACUGGCAGCUAAUCCUCAGGAGCUUACACAAUUCUUACUUCUUCUCAUAAGAGGUUUUUACCAAUGCAAGGGAUUCUCCGAAAACAACACAAACCCUUCCUCUCCAUCCACCAGAGUGAGAAAACAAAAGGUAGAGAGGGAAAAACGUUCUCUCUCACUUGCUUGCACUAAUCCCUUUGUUGUGGAGUAUUGAGGGGCCAGGGCUCUUGGCUGACUGGCCAUCCCUGUGUAAUGGGGGCUAAUUCGGGUAAAGGGUGCCCAGCCAGCCCUCCUGCUGGCCAUCCUCCACUAGAUUAGGCGGGGCGGGUACAUUUUUAAGGCCUCCCUCAGCCCAAACACAUUCUCCCUCUCGUUGCUUCUAGCCUCGCUCUCUCUCUAACUCUCUUUCUCUGUCUGUCUUUCUCAAUCCUAUUUUCCCUGCCUGAUAAAACUUCUCUCUUUCUCUCUGUCUUUCUUGAACUCUUCGCUGCACUCUCUCCUUCUCUUUCAUUUCCUGUCCUCCUUGUCGUCUCUCCAUCCAGCCCUAAGUCAGUGGCAGGGGUCCCAGCAGGGAGAUGGGGGUCCCAGGUGGGACCAUGCGGUUCUGGAGCCAUGCUGUCCCCACAUUGCUCCUUCUACCCCUGUGUCUGCUGGGGAGGAUCGUGGAGGGCCAGGCCCCAGAACAGGGCAAGGAGAGGGGCUACCUGCAAGAGGCCAUCAGGGCUCUACAACUUGGGUCUCAGACCCAGCUCCAGAGGGACCAGACAGGGUUCCUACUCUCCACUGUCCUCCAGGCUGUGCACUGUGCAGAACGGAUUGGGGGAUCACAGGAGCUCUGUGACAAGUGCCUCACUCCAGACCUUGUCCUCUCUGUCCUGGAGGAUGAUAGGAAGGCUUACCUCACCGAGGAUGACUACCAUAGAGUCUCCACCGUUUUGCUCUACUACAUGAUCAACAUGGAACACCUGUGUGCCACCAACCCCUCCCCUUCCUCCUUUUCCUCCUCCUCCUUGUCACCUAGCUACCAGUACUACCUUCUGGCCCUGACCAACCUCCAACCUACAGAAGAAAGAGGCUUCCUCUCCUCCAAUGAGAUAGAGAGCAUUCUGCAGCUCAUCAACCAGAACUAUCAACCACCUGCUCCAGAGACAUCUGGCUCCUCCCAAUCACAGUGUAUCGAUGCCUCCCGUCUACUGGAUGAGUUGGGGAUCACAGAUAGCCAAGGUGCUGAUCCAUCCUUAGUGGCCACACUGUCUGCAGCCAUCAUCACCCACACCCUGCAGGGCCACUGUUUCAGCAAGAGGAACCUGCCCUCCCCUGCCUUCUUUACAGAUUACAUCUUCCAGUCCCUCAACCGCACCAGCAACCUACAUGUCAGGGAUUUGGAGGAGCUGCUGCACCAGCUUGGUGUGGGAGGUGGUGGUGGAGGGGCCUAUCACUCACACUGCAGAGAGAAGCGGAGCAUCACAGGCCCCUCCCAUAUAGGGUGUGUCCAUGAGCCUUUGGGGAUCAACACAGACUGGACACAGGUAUGCUACUCAGCCAAUCAGCUGGUGGAUAUUUUUGUUCUGGAUCCGCAUUUGCAUAUUUCCCGGGAUCACUUCAGACAAAUCUGCCCAGCUGUUAUCCAGCAGUUGCUAGGGAAUGCCUGUGAGUCCACAGAGCCAGCUACACGAGGAUCUCCACCCAGUGCCAUUGAGAAAUAUGGCUACAGUACGGCUGCUGUGUUACUCAUCACCGUGGGCUCCAUGUUGGGCAUCUGCCUGAUCUUCUUCAACUCCUGCCAGGAGACCUACGCCCUCAUCCUGCAGCUCUUUGUGGGCCUGGCCGUGGGAACCCUCUCAGGGGACGCCCUCCUGCACCUCAUACCACAGAUCCUUGGCCUCCAUGACGACAGUCACCAUUACGAUCAUCACUUUACUGAGGGAAAGGAAUAUCUGUGGAAGAUUUUGGGAAUCAUCGCUGGAAUCUACGGCUUUUUCCUCAUCGAAAGGAUCUUCUCCCUUGUGAUGCCAUCACAUGGCCAUGGUCACGGGGGCCUGGGCAAUUCCCAUGACCUCCCCCUGGAGCUCAACUGCAACGGCCAGUCACAGAGGGGCAUGUCUAUCUCAACCAUGCAGCUGGGAACUGUGGAGGACUUAGAAUGCACAGAAAUCCCAUCAGAGGAGGCUGAACCAAGAACCCCUACGCAUCAGACGAGACAGGGUAUUCCUGUACUGGCUGUGAUGGUAAUCGUGGGAGACAGCCUCCAUAACUUUGCUGACGGCCUGGUGGUGGGGGCGGCCUUCUCCUCGUCCACCGAGACAGGCAUGGCGACCACCGUGGCCAUCCUCUGCCAUGAAAUCCCUCAUGAAAUGGGUGACUUUGCGGUGUUGCUAAGCUCAGGUCUCUCUGUGAGGAAUGCAGUGAUGAUGAACCUCCUCAGUGCUCUGACGGCCUUCAUCGGCCUCUACAUCGGCCUCUUCGUCUCCUCGGAACCAGAGGUCCAGCAGUGGAUCUUCACCGUUACCGCGGGGAUCUUCCUCUACCUGUCGCUGGUAGAGAUGCUCCCAGAGAUGAGUCGUGUGAAGACCAACAGGCCCUGUAUCAUGUUCCUCCUGCAGAACCUUGGCCUCCUAAUGGGCUGGGCCUGUCUUCUGCUCCUUGCACUGUUUGAGCACAAACUUAAGUUUUGAUGACAGGACACACACACACAUCCUACUAUGGUAUCUGCCAUGCAAAUGUGUAAUUGAUGGCAAUGUUGACGGUACUUUGUGGUCUUGCUUUUUUGUUGUCAUUUUGACAUCUUGUUUAUUGAUUACUGCAUUAUUUACUGACACACCAUAUGAAGACAGUGAACAGCACAUUUAAAAUGUCAUAAGCAAGAAACAUUUCAUAAGUGACCGGAUAAUAGAGUGACGUGAAUAGUAGCAGUGACGAUGUGAAUCAAAUGUCAUUUUAGAUCCAGUGGUUACGCAUAAUGUGUUAGAGCUGGAUGAAUCCACUUUUGUAUGAAUCAGAUGCCUAAAUGUGAUCUUUAGGACAUGAACACAUCUUCUGUGUGAUGAUUUAUUUUUGUAUGACGUACUGUGUAACAUAGGGCACAUAGCUAGCUUGCAGUCUGUCUGUCACAUCUAUGUCUGGACAUGAUAGUGUCAGAUGUCUAGUCUACAGUGCCAGACGAGAUCUUUAUAUACAGAUACCUUGCUUGUAUGUGUAUAUUUGCCAUGAAAUACAGUGUCUUCAGAAAGUAUUCAGACUUUUUCCCACAUUUUGUUAGUUUACAGUCUUAUUCUAUAAUUUUGUCAGAUGUUACUAUGGAAUACUGAAGUAUAAUUACAAGCA